AUGACGCCAGGUUCUCCCGAUGAAGCUCUCCAUUUUCGAGGCAAAACUCUGACUCCAGAGAGCCCUCGUCCGCUGCACGUUGCGGAACCGACCAAGAUCCCUGUGCUGCAAAAUCAAAUGGAUCCCGUUUUCAACGACACGUCCACUUAUUAUGAGACGCCCCAGUCAGACUUUGAGAACGGUUCCCAAGCGCAUCAUUAUCACAGUGGACAGUAUGCUGAAUCGGGAGACGGACGGAGGUAUCCAGGGUCCAUGUCGGGGCUGAGCCAACAUCACCAUUAUCAGCCUUCACCAUCAGCACAAUCACAAGGUAGCUUCCACACUGGUUUUUCGCAGGCGGGUGAUCGGUUUGGACGCAAGAAUGGAACUUCACUUUCUGCAGGAAUAACAACUGCUAAGCCCUCCCUUCCAUCAGACCGGUCUCCAAUCACAGCAGAGAACUCCUCUACUGCCCAGGGCAUAGCAGGGAACCCAUCUCUAACCGCUUUUCCUCCAUCAGAUCCCGCUGCCCUUCUAGCUCAUUCUAAUUCCUCCGGUGUUGCUCCCUCCUCCUCUUCCUCCUGGAUUGCCCAGAAUCUGCCCGUCGCGAACGAGGUAACCCAUGCAGUCAACAGCUGGGCCGCGCAGCAUGAUCGCUUAGACUCCCAAGCAAAACCGGAUGAUAACACUGGUGAGGCUGGUGUGGAUUUCCAGAACCUCCUUGAUAACCUCCCCCCUCCCUCCACGGGUGCACCCUCUGCCCCUACGAUCUCGGAGACGGCCCCUGCGUCUGCGGACGAUGUCUCUGAGGCUCCUCAGAGUCUUCCCCCCCGUCCCCCACCCCAGGAGAAGCCCUCUAUCCAUCCCAAUUACAGCCCUACCGAUGACAUCCGUUCCUACCACCAGCUCCAUCCUCAUGCCCCUAGCACAUCUUCUACCUACCCUUCUCAACAAAGUAAUUCUCAGAACAACCGCGGGCUGCCGGCUUCCUUGACUGCAGCUGGCGCUCCCGGGACAGUCUCUGCUUCAAACACAUUGCUACCUCCACCCGGUCCCAGUUUCCAACAACCAUUGUCCGCCGCCACAGACUCUCAAGAACCUCCAACAAGCGCAGCUCCUCAAAACGGUCGUGCCGAACGGCCACCUGGUCGGCUGAUUACACCCGGAGACGAGGACGUCCCUUGGGGUCCGGACGUACAAAAGAAGUAUGACGAGUUCUUGCAUGACGAGAGAGUAUACGUAACGGAGGGCCUCUGGGAUCGUUUUCCUGCUGGAUCACGCCUGUUUGUAGGUAAUCUUCCGACGGAGAGGGUCACAAAACGCGACUUGUUCCAUAUCUUUCAUCAAUAUGGCAAAUUAGCCCAAAUCUCGAUCAAGCAGGCAUAUGGUUUCAUCCAAUUUGUCGACGCUUCGGCCUGCAAGCAUGCGCUUGAUUGCGAACAAGGGGCUGUGAUCAGGGGCCGGAAAAUUCAUCUCGAGAUCUCCAAACCGCAGAGGAAUACUAGAGCAGGCCCUGCGCCCCCUGCGCCCCGCCGCUCCCGAUCACCAGAAUACAGCAGAGGCGGUCCACCCAGCAGCCGUAACCCAAGGGGCCCCGGUGAUCGUUAUGAACGACCGUAUGAUUCGGGUAGAGUUCCGUUCAGCGACUUCCGAGAUGAGCCAACUCAUCGCAGACGUGAUGACUAUCGACCACCUCCGCGAUCGCCAUCCCCUCGCCCGUUCCGGGCUCGAGAUGAAUACAGGUCGCGAGACAGAACUCCCGAACGAUAUGAUCGGCGGGAGAGACGCCGUUCGCGAUCGCCAUAUGGAAGAGAUAGAAGAUAUCGGAGCCCCAGUCCUAGGGGUCGGAACGCAUAUGAUGGUGAUGCGGACUUGCCGGUCCCCAGGCGAGCUCCCAGAGAUGUCCCGGAAGUGCAGAUCCUUGUACUGGAGGAAGUUGACCGUAACUUCAUCUUCCAUGUGGAAAACUCCUUCCGCAAUCGCGGCCUUCGAGUGGAUGUCUUGGUCCUGGGUCCUCGAAUUCCAUUGAACGCUGCAGUCCAACGACAGAUCAACGAAGGAGUUCUAGCUGUGGUUAGACUAUCUCGUCCGAAUCAAUUUUCGAGGAAGAUUCCGUUGCAGUUAUUCGAUCGCAGUGGUGGAGCAGACAAUGUUCGUUUCAAUGAAUAUCCCGAAGUCGAGCCCAACAUUGCCGCAGAAAUUGUGUUUCAUGCGCAAGCGAUGCAACGUGGUGCUCCUCCGGUCCCAAAUCCUUUCCCUGCCAACCCAGCGUUUGCUGUGCCAACCCUUCCGGCCGCGCCAAUUCCCCAGGCACCGUUGCCAACACUACCCAACUCUAACGUUGCGAAUAUGAUCUCAUCCCUUGAUGGGCCUACUCUCCAGUCUCUCUUGUCGGCACUCCAACAGCGACCACCAUUGCAUGCUCCAGCUGCGCAGCCGUCCUUUCCAGCGGCCAAUGUCCCUCCGACUGCUGCUGAUCUCGCAAGUCUCCUGAGCGGCGUGGCUCGGCAGCCCAUGGCCACAAAUCCCCCGCCGCAUCUGCCUUCGCAGGCAUAUCUGGUCCCAGCCUCCAACGCUCCAGUGGUACCAGAUCCCAAUCUGAUCUCACUGUUGACCAAGGGCCUGGGAGGACAUCAGCACUCGCAGCAGCAGAACCCGGCGGCCAUGGCCCCUCAAGUUCAGAACAUCAUGAAUCAGCUGAGCAAAUGGAAGCAAUGA